UAGUGUUUGCAUGCAAGUAAGAUAAAAUUUGUAACUGUUUGAGAGAGUCAUUGUUCAUUGGAUAGCUUUCGAAGUGACCAACGCAGGUGGAAAGAGCAGCUGAAUACAAAAAAAUAUUUAUUAUAUAUAUGUACGUGUAUAAAUAUAUAUAUAGCGUCUGCUUGAAAUCAGAAAAGUAGCAAUUUUUGAAGGUACAUGCGUAUGAUCGAUGAGAAAGAAAGAGUGGUUUUCUUUUGCAUUCAAUUUUUAUAAAUAAAAUAAUAGAAAAAAGGCCUGAGCGUAUGAAAUGUCGAAACGCAAACAGAUUUAUUUGGCUAGAGAUUUAAUAUUUAUUCUUUCGUUGCUUAUUUUAACUUAUCAUGAAAAAUUUAAAUUGAAAAUUAUUGAAAGCAGAAUAAAAAGACGGACCUUUCUUUUCCGCGGAUUGUAAAAAACACAAAAAAAGGAAAAAAUUUUCUCGUAAUUGCUUUGAAAAAGUCGCUUAAAAUGGCUCACGCGGUUGUCAGAGUUGUUGAGCGUUGUGAAAGUGCUAAAGAAAAUCGUGAAUUAGAUUUGUCGGAAUGUGAAUUAAUGCAAAUACCUGAUGCCGUCUAUCAUUUGAUGCGUAAUACGGAAUUAAAAACCUGCGAUCUCAGUGGCAAUGUAAUCAAAAAGAUUUCACCAAAGUUUGCUGUCAAAUUUAGUUUAAUUACGGAUUUAAAUUUAUCACAUAACCAAAUGUCCAAAUUACCGGAUGAAUUGGCUGAUUUAACAAACUUGGCCCGCUUGAAUAUCUCGCAUAAUUCAUUUAUCGUUUUGCCACCCGUGGUUUUCAAAAUGCCUAAAUUACGAGAAUUGGAUGCCAGUCACAAUGCCAUUAUAGAAAUUGAUACAGAUGAAUUCAUUACUAGCGACAGUCUAGAGGUGGUAGAUUUGCGACGCAAUCCUCUAGGUCGCACCACAUUUCGUAGACUAAAAAAUGCUCAAACACCGUUUCGUAUUGAAAUUUCAGAAUACAAUGAGGACGAUGAAGACUGGUAAAAUGUCGCUUAGUUAGUUAUGUUAAUCAAGAGCAAUAGUUCUCUGCCUCUAUCAUGUAAAUCCAAUUCAAAGUGUAUUACAACUCAUAGCAAUUAAGUCAAAUUUUAAAUAUUUUUCUAUUUUUAUAAAUCGAUUAGUGUUUGUAAGAGUGUUUUUAACUUAAUUUUAAGAUAAAAUAAUAACUAUAAAAAGAAAAUAAAGAAAAAAACUGUAUUUUCUACUUUUCAAAUCUUAGAAAUAAAAUAGUUAUUAAGUUUAACGAAAAGCAUUGCUAAAGCAUACAACGGGCUUCAACGUUAUUAUUUUAAAUAAUUGCUUUAUUUUGUCAUAUUUCAUACAAAGCAAGUUUAUCUCCAUCGAAGCCCGAAGAACAAAAUGCUAGUACCUAUAUAAAUAAGUGGAAAAAUGUCCAUAACAAAAGUGUUAAGGUAUCGAAAAUUUUUAGAAAAAUUUCCGAAAAAAAUAAAAAAAUAAAAUUUAUUAAGCCCUCCGCUACGCUACGGUUCACUUUUCGUCGAUGUAUUCAACUUUGGUAAUAUUUAAAUAAAAUUUUGUCCACAUCCUUUAGAAAAAACGUACUUUGAUGUAUCUAUAUAUAUAUAUAUAUAUAUAUAUACGUAUAUAUGUACUUAUUAAAGACUAGUCCACAAUAAUCACAAUCUUAUAGUAGUAAAAUUUUAGAAGAAUAUCUCGAACCAAAGAACUAUUUUUAUAAACGAUGCUAAAAGAUGUUCUGUUAGUACUGUACAAAGGUAAAAUUAUAAGGGCUACCUUCAUCAAUAUAAGAAAAACUAUAUGAAUAAAUAAAAAAAUUAAAGAAUUAAUUAUUAAUUUAUAUAUUAAUUAA